AUGCUCCUGGCUGUCCCUCGCUCCAGAACUCCUGGCACCAUGGAUCCAACUGCUUCAAAGGCUCCUUGGGCCACCGUGACGCUGCUGCUCCUGCUGCUGGUGCUCCCGGCUUUGCUACCUGCCCAGGCAACCGCCCAGCCCAUGCCCAACUGCUGUCGACAGAAGACUUGCUCCUGUCGUCUCUACGAUCUGCUACACGGAGCUGGCAACCACGCAGCGGGCAUCCUUACCCUGGGGAAACGGAGGGCGGGUCUAUCUGGGCUACAGGGACGACUCCAGAGGCUUCUGCAAGCCAGCGGCAACCACGCCGCAGGCAUCCUCACAGUGGGGCGCCGUGCUGGCGCAAGUGGAGAGCCUCUUCCCAGUCCCUCAGGAGCCCCGGGCUUCAGCAGCUGCUCCCGGGUCUCCGGCACUCUGUCCUGCUCCGGGCACCUGUGUACUGACAGCCCCGCAUCCUAAGACCCUGUCCAGAGCUGGCAGGGGGCAAGAGCCUCAGAGGCGACUGUCUAC